GUAGGGGGCGUAGCUGAGGAAGCGGCAAGGCCUGUCAAUUCCAUGUGCCCAGAGUAAGGGCUAGCUGCGUGCCAAAUUAUAAACCGUGGGCUCUGAGUGAGGGGCCACUUUAGUCAGUUUACACAAAGCACUGAUAAUGCACGGACUGUGAUGUAUGUGUUGGCAAGAGGGGUACAAUGAUGUUGCCUCGGUGUUUGCGGAGAGCGGUCCUGUGUAGUUCUAGGGCACUGGGGUCACCUCGAUCCCUGACUGUACCCUGUUACAGAAACCUCUCAUGUCUGCUACUUUCCCAGCAGCGGGCCCUUGCUGUGCCAACAAGCCGGUUCUGUGCUGAGCGGCCCAUAAGCACGGGCAGUGCUUUGCUACAAGUGAAGGACAAGCGAGUGUCUGUGCAAAGCAGAGGUGACGGGGCGUCUCCACAAACUGCUUCUCAUAAAGGAGGACUUUUCUAUGUUGUCUUUGAAGAACUUUUUUCUUCUUCAAGUCCAAGUAAAAUAUAUGGAGAGGCUCUUGAAAAGUGCAGAUCUCAUCCAGAGGUUAUUGGUGCUUUUGGUGAGCCCAUCAAAGGUUACGGAGAGACUACAAGACGUGGUAGAAGACAGCAUGUCAGUCACAUGGAGUAUGUGAAAGAUGGCAUAAAGUGCAUGAGGCUAAAGUUCUACAUAGAGGGCUUGGAACCAAGAAAGCAAGGAACAGUGCACACAGAGGUGAAAGAGAACCCAGAAAGUGGAAAAUAUGAAUUUCAGUACAUAUUUGUUGAAAUUGAUACUUACCCACGGCGAACAAUCGUCAUAGAAGACAACAGACGCCAAAGUUAAGAAGAAAAUCAUUGUUUGCCGCUGCUAUAUCUGUAUAAAAGGUGCUUUACAACUGUGUGGUUUCCUGUAAUGUUAGAAGGUUUUGCUGUAGGCAGGGCCUUCAGUUCAAAUGUCUGUGAGAAACUGAAUCAUGGCUUCUUUUUAUUCUGAAAAUAAAUGAAUCAUGUAAUUUAAUCUCUUUCAUGAACCCCCUUUGUUUUAUUUAACACUCCACAUAUCCUCCUCUGCCUUUCAUGCUUAUAACUUGAAUAUUUGCUUAAUUAUAUUUUGUUCAUUAUUCAAAAUGAUUAAUACCACCUUUGUGCCUUCAGCCUUAAGAAGCACUGUUUCUUCUGCCUGACAGACAGAGCAAUGCAUAGGCAGAGAGGAGGGAAGGUAUUUUACCAAGUUGAAGUUUAGCUGGAAGAAUAGGGGUCAUUGCUGUUCUAAAUGAUGUUGAUACCUGGGCAGUACAGUACAAAUUCACCAUAACACUUGAAAUUAGGGAUCCAUUUUUUGGGUUUGGCCGAACCCUUUGUAAAGGAUUUGCCCAAAUCCUAAUUAGCAUAUGCUAAUUAGGUUUUAGAAGGGUUAAAUCUAGAAAAAAUAGGAAAAAUUUCAACUUCCGUGUCUCACGUGAUUUUUUGGAUUUGGUUAGGCCAGAGGCACAGAUUGGGCUGAAUCCUGCUGAAAAAGGCCGAAUCCCGAACCAAAUCCUUUAUUUGGUGUAUCCCUACUUGAAAUAAAUAUUAUAUAAACAGGUCUGAUGGCAGUAUUACCCCGCACACUCGCACACAUGCCAAGUGUCGCACACAGCAACCUCACAUGCAGACACAAACAUUUGGCAUCGUGCAAUGAACGGCAGGCUGCUAGGUUUAAAGUCAUUUUCCUAGAUUUAUUUUUUGCAGCUCAAUUUUUUAUGUAUAUUAUGUAUUCAUCAUGUAUUCAUUCAGUUUAAAAAAAAAAAAAACUUUACUGAAUAAGAAGUCAGUGUUAAUGCCUUUGGAUUUAUCCAUUAUAAAUACUUGUUUUGAUUCCAAUUUUUCUGAUCAUUAUUUGUAGUAAAGUAAUGCAUCUUGCUUUAUAAAGUGUCUGUGUGCAAGCCAAUAUCAUUUUAGUCCUGUAACCGAGGUGACAAAUUAUAAAUGCAUCAUUUAUUUGAUAAGACUUUUUAACUGAGUAUUUGAGUCAGUAAUAAUAUAUAUCCAUGAAUGUUAUGUAAAUUAUAUUCAUAUAAACAGUCCUUAAUGAUGUCAUCAGUUAUAAUUGGUACUCACUGAAAUGUUUGCAUUAUAAUAAAUAUUGUCCCCCUGCCAUAAAAUAUAAGAACAUUAGAAGUCACCACUGAGUCCCGUGACCUGUAUAAAAGUAGUCUGCAUUUGGCCUUGUGGUUUUAUAUGGUCAUGGAACUCCUCUGUGACAUAUAGCUUUAUAUUUUACAAUAGGGGGUACAUUGUUUCAGGGUGUCAGCACCUUCCUUCAUCUGGAUCUCCAAGACCCGCACAUAUUAUUUAAUUCAUAGACCUCCUACCUUUUGGCUUAUUGUGCUGAAUAACAAAGAUACAAAGAAGUAUAAAAGUACAUCUAAAAUUUUAUAAUCGUUUUUUCAGUGUGAAACAUCCUUACAAAUGAGACAUCUAACUAUUUUGCUCAACUGUCAUAGGUAGGUUUAUUAAAGUGUCGUUCUAUUUAACUUUACUUAAUGUUUUGGUUUAGGCCCCCACCCUUUAGGCCACAUUCAUGGUUAACUUUGUUAAACUACUGAUGUGCAGUUCACAAUCUUGAAGCAAAAGAUAAUGUUAAAUCUCUGGAGGGGGGCCAUGUUGUUUGGCCUGGCUUUUAUCUUUUUUUCUAUCAGGCGUUAUCAACAGGGAUUUUGUAGAGUGCAUGUGCAUUACAAAAAUCUCAGGAAGAAUUCUGUACUGCAUGUGUGCCAGCCAUAACUGAGCAAUAUGCCAGGAGAAUAAACCAUACAUUGGACUGGUGUUUUUUCUUUUGAAGAAGAAGAGACGCCUACACUGAUAACGGAUUGAGAUCUAUACUAGCUACAAAAAGAUGUUUCCUUCCACACUCCACAAACACAGAGGCAGGUUUCUGAUGAACUAGACCCUAGUGUGGGUGUGUAUGGUAGGGAACAUACACUGUAAACUAAUCUGGGGGUGGGACAGAUGUCAGUGAUUAACAGUUUCUGUUAAGUGCUGAUCAAGGUUUGGCAGCAAAUAAAUAAAUGAUGAUAGUAAGAUAUUAAAUAACAGCAACAAUUCUUAUCGGCAAGAACCUAUGUUGUUUCUUAACAGCCUAUGGAGCAAGGAAAACAAUUAUGUGUCCCUACAAGAGUUGAAGGCAAGAAUAAAGACCACACUACACUGCAAUCAAAAGAGCUGAUUAUAAAAUAUUGUAUUCAAAUGUCAUAUGAUAUUUUGUAUAUUUACUUAAUAAAAAUGUCACUGCUUGA